AUGGCCGACAAAGUCAAGACAGCCCCGGCGACGCACUCGCAGCCUUCGCGAAAGGGAAAGAAGGCAUGGCGCAAGAACGUCGAUGUGAGCGAAGUGCAGGAUGGAUUGGAAAAUGUUCGCGAUGAAAUCAUCAAAGGCGGUGUUAUAUCAGAAAGGGCGGCCGAUCAGCUGUUCGCAACAGACUUGGAGGGCGAUGCGGAGAUUGAGAAGACACACAAGCCAAAGAAGCUGCUGAAGGCAGACGACAUCUUGGCACAACGAAGCGCUGUUCCUGCUCUGAGUCCUGGUCGUAAGAGGAAAGCCGAAGAAGUGCCAGUGACGACCGGCAAGAAGCAGAAGAAUGGCAAGUACGUCUCACAUAGGGAGCUGCAGCGGCUGCGAAACGUGGCAGAUGGGGCAAACAUUGGCAUCAAGAUCGACGACCAAGCUGUUCACGAUGUCUGGGGAGCGCCUGUGGAAGAUGAGACAUACAAGAAGCUAGACUUUCUGGAGCCUCCCAAGCAAAAGCGCGAGCCGAAGACGCUGAAGCAUGCGCCUGUACCUCUCACCACCAGCAAGAAGCCGCUUGCACACGUUCGCAAGCCUGAAAGUGGCAAGUCGUAUAUGCCUGACGUGCACGAUUGGUCAGACCUCUUCCAGCGCGAGGGUGCUGCUGCAGUCGAAGCAGAGAAGGCAAGACUCGCUGCGGAAGCGGCACAAGCCGAGCGUGAACGCGUAGCUGCGGAGGAAGGAGCGAAGGUUGAAGCGGCAGAGAAAGAGGAGUACGCCACCGACUACGAAAGUGCAUGGGAGAGCGAGUGGGAAGGCAUCCAGAGCGAGGCAGAAAAGGAGAGUCAUACACAGAAGCAGAAGAGCCGCAAAACACCUUCAGAGAGGAAUAAGGUCAAGGCACGGAAAGAGCGAGAAGCACGAGAGAAGUGGGAGAAGAAGCAAAAGGAGAAAGACAUACAAGAGAAGCGAAUCAGGGAGAUUGCGAGGGAAGUCUCAGCAAAGGACAAGCUGCGAAGACCAGGCACAGAAUUGCAGAAGGUGGACUACUCAUCUGACUCGGACGAGAAUGAUCACCAGGUCGAGCUGCAGAAGAGGAGAUUCGGCAAGCUGCCUAUACCAGAGGCACCAGUGGAGGUGACGCUACCAGAUGAUCUGACGGAGUCGCUGAGGAGACUGAAGCCAGAGGGCAACCUGCUUACUGACCGAUACCGCAAUCUCUUGAUCAACGGCAAGCUAGAAGUGCGGAAGAAGGUUGGGCAGGUUAAGAAGAAGCAGACGUUCAGGACGGAGAAGUGGACGUAUAAGGACUUUACGGUCUGA